AACAAAAGCAACAACAACAACAACUUGUUUACAGUCAAUUGUUUCCAUUCUUGUCUUUUGGACAACGCCUUCUAAAAAACAGCCAUUAUGUUGCAUUUAACCAUAAUAACUAUUUAACAAAAAAGCAAUCGAAAAUUAUUCAUGACAAGGAACAAUACAUGUUUAUCUUCAAGUUAAAUUCGAAAGGAAAAACAGCUGCUCUCUGUUAUUUGCCAACUCGAGUAAAAAGAGUCAUUGAAGUUUAUCAUAUCGAAAUUCCUGUUACGUUUCGACAUAUGGGAAUAGGUGACAAGUUGGUAAAAGAGUGUCUAAAUUGGGCAAAAGAGUCUAGAACUUUAGUCAUACCCACUUGCAGUUUUGUCAAACGGCACUUGGAAUUGUUUGAUUACGACUCAGUCAUCGUAAAUAACGAACAAGAAGCCAUGAAACGAUUCGCAAAAAAAAGCUUAUAGACCUAUAUCCAAUAUUAAAUGUAAAUAUAAUCAUAAUAAAAGUAUUCUUUUUC